CUUUAAAUGGCUUUGACAUUUUUAUUAUAACACUGCAAACUGCUGCUGACGAAGAUCAUGUGAAAUGAUGGAAAGCUCCAGAACAGCUACUAAACUGACCCUCUGGUGAGACUGAUCUUGACUUGUAGCCUGGAUGGCUGCUAUUUGAAUUUCAGGAAAAAAGCAAAAGGGCUUGAGAGAAGUCCACACCUUGUUGAACAGGUCUGUGCUGUAACCUGAGAUGUUUCUGAAGCCAGCACCUUGCGGUCAUCGAUGGUACUGCAUCUCACACAUCCGCGUUGGCUGCAUCAGGACGCCCACAUGCUUCAGCAUCAUUUCCAGUUUCCCCUGAAGAGGAAUUUGGCACGUCAUUGUGAUAAAAGGGAUGAACGAGGGCCGCUCUGCUCUCCUCAGAAGGUGCCACCUGGGCUUUUCGAAGGCCGACACCCUUGGCUCGGUUCCUGCCAAAGCAGCUCUCUCUGUGGACUCUGCUGAUGGUGCGGGCGCUCAGCCUGAGAGCGAUGCAGCGUUCCCCCUAUCUGAGCUCUCAGGCCUGUUUGACAAGGAGGAUGGCUCCCCGUCAACUCAGGACACGAGUCAGGAUUCAGGCCUGGAGGUGGUUCAGCCUGGCCAUCCUGUGGAUAGCAGACAUAACUUUCGGAUGAAGUUCCAGGGUGCUUUCAAGAAGGGCAUUUCCACCCCUAUGGACCUGUUGGAAUCUACCAUAUAUGAGUCAAAUGUGGUUCAAGGCCCCAAGAAAGCACCCAUGGACUCGCUCUUCGACUAUGGUACCUACAGGGACGCUAGCAACCAGAAGAAACGCAGGAAGAAGCUCCCAAGAGGUAAAACUGAGACAUCCUGUGACGAUGGUCAAAGCUCAGACCCACCAAAAGUAAUGAAAAUAUUCAACCGCUCCCUCCUUUUCGACUGUGUGUCACGUGCAGACUCGGAGGCCCUCGAGGGCCUGUUGGAGUAUCUGCAAAGUCAAGAAAAGAGGUUAACUGAUGAGGAGUUCAAAGAGCCAUCCACGGGUAAGACAUGUCUGCCUAAAGCCCUGUUGAACCUUUACGGUGGGCAGAACGUCACCAUCCCACUGCUGGUGGACAUAGCAGAGAAGACCGGAAACCUCAGAGAGUUCAUAAAUACGCCAUUCAGGGAUGUCUACUACAGAGGCCAGACGGCGCUCCACAUUGCUAUAGAGCGACGCAGUAAGCAGUAUGUGAAGCUGCUGGUGGAGCACGGAGCUGAUGUUCACGCCCAGGCGAGGGGGCGCUUCUUCCAGCCCAGAGACGAGGGGGGCUACUUCUACUUUGGUGAGCUGCCUCUCUCUCUGGCUGCAUGCACUAACCAGCCUAACAUAGUGCACUACCUGACUGAGAAUCCACACAAGCAGGCCGACCUGCGGCGCCAGGAUUCACGUGGCAACACGGUGCUGCAUGCCCUAGUGCACAUUGCGGACAACACCAAGGACAACACACGUUUCCUCACAAAGAUGUACGACCUGCUGCUAAUUAAGAGUGCCAAGCUCUACCCAGACUGCAGCCUGGAGACAGUGCUCAACAACGAUGGCAUGUCACCUCUUAUGAUGGCCGCCAAGCUGGGCAAGAUAGGGGUUUUUCAGCACAUUAUUCGACGGGAGAUCAAAGAUGAGGAAGUUCGUCAUCUGUCCCGGAAGUUUAAGGACUGGGCUUAUGGGCCGGUGUACUCCUCCCUCUAUGAUCUGUCUUCACUGGAUACAUGUGGCGAGGAACCGUCUGUGCUGGAAAUCCUUGUCUACAACAGUCGCAAUGAGAACCGCCAUGAGAUGCUGGCAGUGGAGCCCAUCAAUGAGCUGUUGAGGGCCAAAUGGCAGAAGUUUGCUGCUGUCACAUUUUACAUCAGUGUGGUUUCCUACCUCAUCACCAUGAUCAUCUUCACCCUAGUGGCUUAUUACCAACCAUCACAGGGAAUGCCUCCGUACCCAUACACAACAUCCGCUGACUACCUGCGAAUGGCGGGAGAGAUUGUCACCUUGGCAUCGGGAAUCUUCUUCUUCCUCACCAAUAUUAAGGACCUCUUCUUGAAAAAGUGCCCCGGGGUGAAGUCUUUAUUUUUUGAUGGAUCCUUUCAACUGCUGUACUUCAUCUACUCUGUGCUGGUUAUAGUCACCGCUGCUCUCUACCUGUCUGGCAUUCAGGCCUAUGUUUCUGUGAUGGUGUUUGCACUUGUCCUGGGCUGGAUGAACACUCUUUACUUCACCAGAGGCCUGAAGCUUACUGGCACAUACAGCAUCAUGAUACAGAAGAUUCUUUUCAAAGACCUUUUCAGAUUUCUUCUGGUGUAUGUGCUCUUCAUGAUUGGAUAUGCAUCAGCCCUGGUGUCACUGCUGACAGUGUGUCCUCCACCGGGCACAGAGUGUAUUGGAGGCUGCCCCACUUACCCCAAGUGCCGGGACCAAAACACCUUCAGUACUUUCCUACUUGACCUCUUUGAGCUGACCAUUGGGAUGGGAGAUCUGGGAAUGAUCCAAAGUGCACAGUAUCCUGAAGUGUUCCUCAUCCUGUUGGUUACCUACAUCAUCCUCACCUUUGUGCUGCUGCUGAACAUGUUGAUCGCUUUGAUGGGGCAGACAGUGGGACAGGUGUCGAAGGAGAGCAAGAAGAUCUGGAAGCUUCAGUGGGCAACAACCAUCUUGGACAUCGAGCGUUCUUUCCCAGUCUGCCUUCGCAAGUCUUUUCGAGCCGGGGAGAUGGUGACUGUGGGGAGGAACUGUGAUGGCACACCUGACCGACGCUGGUGCUUCAGAGUGGAUGAGGUGAACUGGUGCCACUGGAAUCAGAACAUGGCGAUAAUCAAUGAGGAUCCCGGCAAGAAUGAGACCUGCCAAGCCAAUGGGUUGCAGCAGAGUGUCCGAGGCUUGAGGAGAGACCGCUGGUCCACAGUUGUCCCGCGGGCGGUGGAGUUAAGUAAGGGUUCACGUCCUAGUGAUCUGGCGAUAGAAAUGGAGCCGCUGACGCCCAAUUGAUGUCUUAUCAAGAGACAGCAGAGAAUAAUCAGCAUCAGUGAGAUCACUCUGCAUGGGACAAUUUAGCUAAUAAGUGUACUAAUUUGCACAGAUCUCAUGUGCCUUUUGUUCAGAGAAAGUAUAGUCAGUAUUACAGUAAGACUGUCAGUGUAAUAGGAGAGAGGACUGAGCACACAUAGACACUGGAUGUACAAUGUCUUAAAGAAUCCCUGAUCUGAAAAACACCAAAUAGAGUUAAAAACACUAACCCUGGAAAAAAAUGAAUGACGUAGUAGCUGUAAUUUGUUCAUUUGUUUUCUUGCUUGUCACAUAAGAAUAGAAGACUUAUUAUACAAAUGUCCUGUACCUCUGCAUUUCAGUCAUCAGUGGCUGCUCACUCAGGGAUUUAAGAGAGUCAAAAUAUUCAGCAUUUCCAAUCUCAUAGUGUUACAGAAUCAUCGGUUCUCUAAUAGCUAGCAGAACCAUAAUUACUGCAUUAGCAGUGUAAACAAAGGCUUUGUUGGAAAUGAAAUCAGAUGUAAUCACAAUGGGAGAUAUUUCUUCAAGAAAACAUUGCAAUAAAUAUUCAUAGACUUAUAGAAUAUAAGACAUAAUAGAAUCAGUUUUUAUUUGAUUGCUUUAUAUUUAAGAGAUCCCUUUAUGAUGUAUCAUAAAGAUUAUAUUGUAUAUGCUAAUUUUAAUUGUUCAGGCUAUGGAAGUUCAGUGUAUAGAAACUAAAUGUGUGUAUUUUAUAAAGUAUAUUUUACCCAUUUCCCAUUUUCUAUACUGUAUUAAUCAAAUAGUUUUUAAACUAUGGAAGUCUCUGGCUGGGACUGCCAGCUCAGGCAGCACAGCUUUUAUUUGAACUGAAACAAUGCGCUAUGCCAAUUUCUGAUGUGUGCAUUAUUAUAUGAACACAAAGACAUUGUUCUGAAUAAGAUGGGCAUGAUGAGCAGGUUAUAGUUGUCAAGCAAAUAUGCAAAUGCAAGACAAUAGCCUCCCGUGUUAUGGUUUGUCUUUGAAUUUCCAGAGUUAUUGUUCCUUUGCAGCUGGGGUAUUUGCAUAAUCAACUCUCAGGUCUUGCCAUUAUGUGCUUCUCCCUGUUUUGCUGCUGUAUUUUCAUUGCAAUUGGCUCCUUGCCCUAUAUAGCAUCAUGCUUAUGGGCAACUGCUGUAUGUAUGCAUGUAUUUGUGUUAUUGUACUAUAUGACAGGGUUUGAUUAAGAGCAGAUAGACCAUACAAUUCAUUUUCACUGAUUCAUUUCCGUUGAAGGUCACAGGUUAUUCUCUAUGUUUUACAUUGCUUUUAUAAAGAAACAUGUCUAUGCAUUUCUGUAUUGUUUGUACAUUACUGCAGAACAAUAAACAAUUAUUUCAUAAACCA